AUGCAAUCCAAUAACAUUAGUUCCAUUGAAGUCACCGAUAGAGCUCGUAGACGAAGGGCAACUAUUAACCUGUCAAGCGUUCUUGGUUGUCAUAGAUCGACUUAUAACAGACGAUGGAAUAAAAUACGAAUAGCUUUCAUGAAAAAACAUAACUUGCUUUCAUUUAGUGAGUCGGCUAGUGAAAGCACAAUCACAGUGGAGAGAAAAUUUACUAGUAAUGAGACUGCAAAUAUGACACCAUCCACUAGCUGA